UUAGCUCGGUUUCUGUUCAGUUGAGCUGAGCUGAGUUAGCGCUCCGGUUAUCACAGAGCUGCUGCAGUGAUGUGGGUCGCGGUCGGUCUUGUUGUCGUGCUGUUGGUCGUGUUGCUCUUCAAAUAUGUGUUCGGCUCAUCCGGACCGAGUCCUUUUGACUUCGACUCCCGCCAACCGCUGAAGCCGAUGGUGCUGGACGAGAAGGAGAAGAACAAAGUGCUGAAACAAGGCUUUCUCGCUAGCAGAGUCCCCCGGGACCUUGAUGCCAUUGUGAUUGGCAGUGGCGUCGGUGGACUCGGUGUUGCAGUUUUAAUGGCGAAGGUUGGAAAGAAGGUUCUGGUACUUGAACAGCACGACCGGGCUGGAGGAUGCUGCCACACCUUCACAGAGAAAGGCUUCGAGUUUGAUGUUGGUAUCCACUACAUUGGUGACCUGGUGGAAAAUACACCGAUGCGGUGUAUAUCAGAUCAACUGACCAAUGGACAGCUACAGUGGGAGCCACUAGACAACCCUUUUGAUCAUGUGGUUCUGGGGCCCCCAGAGAACCGCCGCGUCUACCCCAUCUACAGUGGCCAAAAGCGCUACGCUCAGGAGCUGAAGAAGUGCUUCCCAGGAGAGGAGAAGGCCAUUGAUGAGUUUAUAAGACUGUCUAAGAAAUGUGGUCAAGGUGUUUGGUUGAUGCCCGUGUUGAAGAUCAUCCCCUCUCCGAUUGCUAAGUUCCUGGUCUACUCAGGGCUGAUCAGUCGUCUGUCGUAUUUCUUCCGGUAUGGCCCCCGUAGCCUGACUGAGGUGGUGAACGGCCUCACUCAGAAUAAAGACCUCAGGGCUGUGUUCUGCUACAUCUUUGGGACGUAUGGAAACAUACCAAAAGAAGCCAGUUUUUCCAUGCAUAGUCUGCUUUUGUGCCACUAUAUGCCUGGUGCCUGGUACCCUAAGGGAGGAGCAAGUGAGAUUGCCUUCCACAUGAUUCCCAUCAUAGAGAAGGCAGGAGGAGCUGUCCUGGUCAGAGCUCCCGUCAACCGCAUCCUCCUCAACGACGCCAAGGAGGCUAUAGGUGUGAGUGUUAUGAAGGGACACGAGGAGGUACAUGUGCAUGCUCCCAUCGUCAUCUCAGAUGCUGGAAUCUUCAACACCUACCAGCAUCUCCUGCCCCAAGAGGUGCAGGCCAUGCCAGCGAUCCAGAAGCAGCUAAGUUUUGUGAAGCAUGGAGAGGGCGGACUCAGUGUCUUUCUGGGUCUGGACGGGACAAAAGAGGAGUUGGGUCUCGAAGCCAAAAACUACUGGGUCUUCACCGAGAACAACCUGGAUGAGCUGAUGGAGGGCUACAGGAAAGAAGAGAGGGAGGAAGCUAUAAAGAGUGUACCUCUGAUUUUUAUUGCCUCGCCAUCUGCCAAAGACCCCACCUGGGAGCAGAGAAAGCCAGGUAAAUCCACUCUGAGUCUGGUGAGUUUUGCCCCCUACUCGUGGUUCGAGGAAUGGAAAGAUGACAAGGUGAAAAACAGGGGGGCCGACUAUAAGGAACUAAAGGAGACCCUCCUCAACUCCCUUUUGGAAGUGGUAUAUCAGGUCUUCCCCAAGAUCAAGGAUAGGAUAGAAUACAUGGAUGCAGGCACUCCCGUCACCAACCAGCACUACAUAGCAGCUCCUGAAGGAGAGAUCUAUGGAGCUGACCACGGCACUGCCCGCUUCAGUGCAGAAUUUUGUGUCUCUAUAAGACCACAGACACCCAUCAAAAAUCUCUACCUCACAGGCCAAGAUCUGUUUUCGUGCGGCUAUGCGGGCGCGCUGGCUGGUGCUAUGGUGUGUGGCUCUGCGAUUCUCAAACGCAACCUUUACAUGGACGUCUUAGCCCUUUGCGUGAAACUCAAAUAUGGCAGCAAGAAAGCUCAGUGACCACAUCAACACUCCUUCAGUCCUGGCUGAGCACUGUAACAGUGGAAAGAAGCAUUCGAACCCAGCUGAACCACAGUCCUGAUUCACGCCACUGGAUGCACUUUUUAUGCAGUAUUAUUGCAUAUAAUAUACAGUCGUAUGCAAAAGUACACUUCCUCUUCGGAGAACACACAGCUACACUUUUUAAUGUACAAUUACUGUUUAUUUGCCAAAUUUAACAUACUUGGGGGGCUAAUGUGAAAAAUGUUUUUUUUUUUUCCAGUAUGUUAAACUAAUAUAAAUAAAUAUACAUGGUGAACUGCAAUUGGUAGGAAAUUACCAUAUUUAAGUGUGUUCUCUGUAGAGGAUGUGUCAACUGUUUUCACUUAGAAAAUUCAAGUUUUUGCAUACGCUUAUGUACAGUAAUAUGUAAUACAUAAAUUAAUUGCUGAUAUAUGUUUAACUAAAUUACAAGCUUUUGUGUUUUGGAGAGAAGCACUGAUCAUUACUUUACAUUUUUUAGCACUUUUUCCUAACUUCCUUCAAUCUUUUCCUCAUUUUUGGUCUAAUUCAUUCUGUAUUCUGUAUUAUCAGUGUUUCAGAAUGCUUUAGUUUUCCUCUUAAUCGAGCUGACUGCCUUUGGGGAUCUCCCCAAAAUAUAGUCUGAGAAAAACAAAUUAGCUUUUAUCUGCUAAUAAAUGUUUAAUCUCUUCAAAUUGAAUGUCUGUUUAGUAACACCAAUCAUUUGAACCCAUGUAAAUAGUUUUGUGGGUGUACAGUUGGUGUUUGGAGAUGAUUUUCAGAUGUCUAAUGUGAUUUUUCUUGUGAGACGGUUUGUUAGAGGAAUUGUUUUUUCAAGUCCAAUAUUUGGAAUGAUUUGUAAGUUUGUUUAGAUUUUAAACAUUUCCAUUAAUUAAUGUGCUGAAUUGAGCACAUCAGUAAAAAGAGGGAAAUGGACAUGAAAUAUAAACCUGCUGUGAGGAUUAACAGUGUAAGUAGUUUUGAGUGUUGCCGGUUAUUAAUUGUUACUAUUUCUUUAUGCUGCAGUUACGUAGGACUGAUGUGCCUUAUGGUUGUUUAUUUUAAAGAUGAAAUAAUUGUUGAAAUGUUUCUUGAAAUGUAGGCAUUUAAAAACCUAACUGAGUGAAAUUUCAGCUCUUAUGAUCUGAUGCCUAUUUUUUAAAGAAGCCAGCCUAACUGAAAUUAGUUGUCUGCUUUCUGGCGUAUUGUUUGCUAUGUUUACUAAAAGUAUGUAUGUAAAUGUUUGCACUGACAUGGUCUUGUACUGUAUCUCACAGUUCUGACUAUAUAAAGCUGCUUUAAAACGCUGAAAUGGUUUUAAUAUCCUGCUGCAAUAAAGAUAGAAAACAAC